UAUAUGCCAUAGGUUGCCGACCCACUCCAUCACCGAGAGUCGGUAUUCUCAUUCUCUUCUCUAUAAAUAAAAACAGGAUACCAUUAACAGCAACAAGAAAGAACAAAACAACGCAAAGAAAAUAAAAGUUUAAAAAUCAAAGAUCAAGAUGGUGGGUCAAUGGACCGUGUCUAAACCAAGCCGGAGUGAUGAAGUUUUGGACGCAGAUCAACAGCAACAAAUCACCAAUCAGGUCAGAGCUCAGUUCGAUUCCUUGGCCCCAAAACGACCCACCAAGCCCAACAGGAGUGAACCUGAUUUAGCAACCAUCACCUCCAAUCUCCCUCCAGCUGUAGACAAAAACAUACCCGAGCUCGACAAGUUACGGUCUCUUCAAUCUCAAUCUCAUAUUUCGGCGGGAGGGGAUAUUAUGGUACAAGAUGAAUUUGUGGAGACACAAUAUUACAGGGAGAUGGAUUCCAUUGACAAAGAACAUCACAGGACAGGAAGCGGGUUUAUAAGAGUGAUGACAGAAGGAGGUGAAGGAAAUGGAUAUGAUAUUCAAUUGGAAAACGGCCAGGGUGCUGAAAAUGUAGUCAACAGGCCAAUUUUCAAAAGCAACCCGGCAACAAAUGACUGGAUUCCUAACAUUGAGGAAGAUCAGGUCUUUGUUUCUUCCAAGCCUAAUCGAAGUGAGGGUUGUUAGAUCUACACAGAUGUACCAACUUUGCUUCAAUCAUAAUUGUCGUAGUCCUGGAACAGGGAAAUUGGAUAAGGAUAGUUUGGUGGAACGAUUAGAACAUUGACUUGAAUAAUAAUUAAAGUACUCAUUCAUAUUCUACAUUGAUCUUUCCCCUCAAGUUGUUGCAAUGAAAAGUUGAUUUAUUAAUUGAGAAAUGGGAAGGUAAAUGCGAAAUCAUGAACAGCAAUGAAAUUCCUAUACCUAGGCCAACUAAUCAAUCCACGGCGCUUGAAUUUGAAGCCUACUUUCUUGUUAAAGUUUUCAUUCUUAUAGAUAUGCCAUAAUUAAAAUAUAAUCAACUAGUAGCUACUAACUUUUACUCUUUUCCAUUUUUUAUUUUUCUUUUUUUUGAAAACUUG